UGAAAGCUGGCCACAAACGACACUCCGUCGUAGCUUAACAAGCAUUUUUCAACAUUUUGAACGCCAGAACCGGUAGGAAUCUUUAACUAGGACCCGAAAUAUUACAGGGAGAUCGAAAAGCGUUGCUACGGCCCAGGAUGAACCCCAUGAGUCGUGGCGGCCGCAGCUAGGCAGACGCCGCACCAUGGCCAAGCCGGGGACCGACCGAGAUGGAGCCAUGGUGGAAAAGACGGCUGGGAAGAAGAGCAAAGAUAAAAUCUCUCCGUUCGCCAAAACUCCGAAGCCGGAUCGGAGCGAAGUUGCAGCGAAGGAGGGGAAUCCCAGGUCUUCCAUGAAACGCAAGCUGUCCUUCCCCGUCAGCCCACCCCGGAACGAUGAACGCGACUCAGACACAGAUGACUCAGACCCCGGCCAGUCGAGCGAUAUAUGGGGAGAGAGGUUACUUCCUCCCUGCAGGAUAUACGCAGAUAAAGACGGUCCUGACAAAAAGAAGGUGAAGAAGGAGUCUGGGGGCAAGAAGUCCACGCCCGUCAACAUUUUGUUCGGCUACCCCCUGUCUGAGCGCAAGCAGAUGGCGCUUCUGAUGCAGAUGACUGCUAGAGACAACAGUCCAGACUCUACGCCGAGCCACCCCUCCCAGGCUCCCGCAGUUCAGAAGAAGGUGCCCAGCAGUUCCACGUCACGGCAGAAGGACAAGGUAAACAAGAGGAACGAGCGGGGAGAGACCCCCCUGCACACGGCCGCCAUCAGAGGCGAUGUGCAGCAGGUGAAGGAACUGAUUGGGCUGGGCGCAGAUGUGAACGUCAAGGACUUUGCAGGUUGGACACCCCUGCAUGAAGCCUGCAACCUCGGUUACUACGAUGUAGCAAAGGUUCUGAUUGGCGCGGGAGCGGAGGUGAACACACAGGGUUUGGAUGACGAUACGCCUCUUCAUGAUGCCUCCAGCAGUGGACACAAAGAUAUUGUGAAGCUACUUUUGCGGCAUGGAGGAAACGCCUUCCAGGCAAACAAGCGGGGCGAGCGGCCAGUGGAUGUCGCAGACUCUCAGGAGGUUGAGCAGCUUCUGAAGGGGGAGAUCCUGACAUCUGACCAGGAGGAAAGCUCUUCAGAGUCUGAGGAUCCUCCAUCAGUAAACCCCUCCAGUGUAGAUGAGAAUAUGGAGUACUCUGAUGCUGAGAAAGACUCCGAUGGCAAAUCGACUACGGUGAAGGCCUCAUCUUCAGUGUCGGGUGUAGACGAGUACGAGUUCAAGGAUGAGGAGGAAGAAGAAGACCUGAGCAAGGCACUGAACGACAGACACAUACUGAGGCGAGAACUGCGGCAGAGAGAGAAAGACGAGAAAGAGCAAAACCAUUACACAUCCAAACAGUGCAGCAAGAGUGAUCAGGCGACGCCAGGGAGCAAAUCGAAAAAGCCUAAAUCGUCCCGAGUCCUCUACUGCAGCUCAGACAGUUCAGGAGACGAAACGGAGACGCUGUCUGAGAGGAAGUGUUCACCAGCCGGGUCAGUCGGUACCGAUUCUCACAAAAUGGAAAGUAGGAUGAAGAAGGAGAGUUUAAACCUCACACCAGCAGAACAGAAGGAAAAGGGCAAGGUGAAUAAGAAGAAGAACAAGAGCCAGAGCAAAAACAAAGAGAACCAGGAGGUUCGGGAGGAUGGGAAAGAAAACAGCAAGAGUCUCCUGUUUUCCGUGGCAACAGUGUCCGACAACUCCGAGAAAGGUGUGCGAGAGGAGGAUUCUUUCAAAAUGUCUUUUAGCCCAAAGGAUGAUUCAUCAGUGCACCUCUUUCACUUGUCUGCUGUGAAGUCUCCAAAGCUGAAUCAUGGUCAACCUGACAAGCAGACAAUUCCACUGAAACAGGAAAAUGCUAAGACUUGUGUCUCUAUUGGAGAUGGACCCAUGGACUCCGUCAAGUUCAACCACUACACAGAUUCUGACUAUUGCACGGAAGGUUCCAGCAGUAAGGGUUGUAAGCACAAGGAGAAAAGCAAGCAUCAUCAUAAGGAACUCAGCAUGGAUGGAGAUGAUGGAAGCUCUAGUCCCUUCAAAGACUCCAGUCUCAGCAGCAGUAUGGAUGGUUCUGAAGGGGUCUUCAGGAAGACUGAUAAAGAUGGAAAGGUUGUGAAGAAGCAUAAACUGAAACACAAAGAGAAGGAUAAGUACCGGAAAGAGUAUGAGGCGGAGAGGAAUCGUCACUGGCCAAAAGAAGUACGGAAAGAUGGACCUAGGAACAUGGAGUUUGAUCGGGAAUUUUGGAAAGAGAAUUUCUUCAAAAGUGAUGAGCACGAGGAACUUGUGGGCAAAUGUGAGACUCCGGGUAGCUGCUCACCAUCAAAGUCUCUUGACUUGUCACCAGUUAAAGAAGAGAAGAGUGCGUCAAAAGACAAGCAUUCAGGCAGCAACAACGGUAAGGAAAGGAAACCAAAAGACGAACGAGAGAAGGACAAAAUCAUAAAAAAGGAGAAGAAAGACUUAACAUACAAAGAAGAAAGAGGAAAGGAUGGGAAGGGAGUUGAAAGUGAUGAGCGUCCAGAGAGUGUCCUCGCAGUACGAAAGUCUGAGGACCUACUUCCUAGUGCUGCUGUCAAAGAGGAGUCGGAAGACAAACUUGUUUCUGGAAAUUUGGUUGAUCAAAAUCAGGUGGAGAUGGAGAAGAACGCUCGAGAGAAGAGUGAUAAACGUCUGCCCCCAAAGGAUAGGGAACCUGAGAAACCUGACAAAAAACACACUGACAAGGAAAAGAAAAUAAAAUUGGAGCAUUUGCCUGACAAAUCUGACCUUCAUAACUCUACAGAUCGAUGGAAGGAGAGGGAGAGAUUAACAGGAACUUCCCAUUUUCCUGUUGAUAAAAUUCACAGAGAGAGUGAAAAACUUAAAGUCGUGCCUGUUUCAAAAAAGCAUGAGGAAAACAAAAAGAACAAGGACAGGCUUGACAGAAGAACUGAGAAAGAUCGUCAAGAGAGAGAACAUUCUUCUAGUGAGCACAGGGACAAAGAUAAAGCAAGCUCUGAAAAGAAAGGGAAGGCUCCUGAAAAACUGAGUGAACAUGGCAAAACUGAUAGAAUCAAAGAAAAAGAGAGAGAAAAAGAAAAAGAUGCUGACAAAAGAAAAAAAGAAAAAUCCAAAGAUGCAACUCUUUCCUCCUCAAGUUCUAAUCUCAAGCUUCUUUUAGAAGAGAAAAAGGCGUACGUAUCUGAGAGCAAUAAAGCAGUAACCUCAAAAUUAAAAGAAGAGGUCUUGAAAACCCCCGAGAAAGACCGGGACAAACGGGACAGGGAUCGAGAUUCUGAAAGGCAUCGGGACCGGGAGCGUGACAGACACAAGGAGAAAGAAAAGGAUAAAGACAGAUCACAGCAGAACAAGGAUGGCAAAUUUACCAAGGUAAGGCCUCCUGAGUCCGACUCUGACCGGUCCAAAUCCAAACCCUCACCUGCACCAAAGGACACCCGUCCCAAGGAGAAGAGGCUAGUUAAUGAUGACCUCAUGCAGACUAGCUUUGAACGUAUGCUUAGUCUCAAGGACCAAGAGAUUGAGCAGUGGCACAAGAAGCACUUGGAAAAAAUAAAACAAAAGGAAAGGGAAAGGCUCAAACAACGACCGGGGACUGACUCUGGCAAGAUGAAGAGCAAGGAUAAAUCAAAAACACCCUCCUCAAGUGAACCGUGUGCAAGCAAAGAACUCUUGCGCUCUAAAAGCUCGGACACCCCAGAGGGUUACAGCCGUGAGAAGACCCUAAAGGAUGUCACAAGUGCAAGAACACUCUCACUAGACGCUAAGACGCUCUUGUGCUUUGGGAAGACUGGUCCAGUAUUGGAGAACACCCUCAGUCGAUCUCCAAGACCAGAAAGUGAGCGAUCUAGUGUCAUGUCAAGAUCAGUGUCAAUGAUCUCAGUAGCCAGCUCGGAGGAUUCUUGCCAAGCUACCAUGCUAACACCUAGGCCGACUGAAUAUGAUUCAGACCUCAAUCUGGAAGCGUCAGAUUCCCAGCCUCCUUUCCUGCAGUCUUCCCAUAUACUUCAGUCCUCCAAAUCACCAGUUGUUCAGGAUAAAGAUACGAACAGUCUUCCUGACACGGCUCUUUGCAGUCGAACACCGGUGUCAAGCAGGCAUGCGUCUCCUUACUUGAGAGCUAUUCUGGAUGAAGAUGCUAAAUCUGCUCCAGUUGAAGCAGACAGACCAACUGAAGAAUCUCAGAGAGUUGGGGACAUUGGAUAUGGCAGUGAUGAACACUGUAAGGUCCACUCAAUUGAUUCUAAUGCAGCACCUGUACAGGAGACCCCAGCUAGUCAAUUCUCUGUACUGACGCAUCUUCCCAGCGCUCCAUAUGAAGCUGAGCAUUCUGCUAAAGCUGAGGACGAGGACAGUCCUGUAAGCAGCCAGUUAGGAUGUGCAGCCGACUCCCAAGAGCCCUACACAAAAGACCUUGCCGUUCAGCAAGUUUCCCUGUCGCAGGCCAGUAACUUGCUGCUGGCAACAGUAGAACCCAGCAAGGUCAACACAGAUGCUCCGCCAGAACAAAGGGUAAAAAGUCAGCUUGACAACUCCGAUACUGAAUUGACAGAAGGCUUGAGCAAAGAUUCUUUGUUGGCACCCGUGUCCCAAGUUGCGUCACCUCCACCCUCACAGCCACUGCACUGUGUUGGUACCAGAACACCUGUGCAUUCCAGUAGCCAGCAAUUGGAUGCUGCAUCUGAGACUAACAAUGACCACUUGGCAAGAAUAGAUGUGGAUACAAGACCAGAACCAAGUGAGAGAAGUUCAUCAGUGUGUCCUGAAAACAAAAUGGAGGACAAAAUUGUGGAGAACGUUCCUGGAGGUGGCAGAAUGGAUUUGACAAGCAGCCCAGGUCCACCCUUAAGUUUGUAUAGAAUCAGUUCUGAUGAAUCUAAAACAUUGCUGUGUGCUACUAGUGGGGUCAGGGAUUCUCAAGAGUUGGUAGAAAGGCCUGAUUUGAAUUUACAAGAUGAUUGUAAGUCUGGGCUUCCUGAUGAGAAUACAAGUACUCAUGAUACACAACAGGAGAAAUGUGACCCUGCUUUGCCCCUACCUUCAUCUGCGAAUGUGUCUUGCUGUGCAAGUCCUGAACAGCCAUCUGAGGAACCAAUGGAAGUAUCUGAGGAGAGUUCCGAAAGUGGACCCGUCGAUACGAAAGUAGAAAAAGCACCAUCCUCUGAGGACAUGAUUCAGACCUCGUCCAUCACAGAGUCUAAGCCAGAUGUAGACACAGAGAUGCCAGAGCAGCUGGCUGUUGAGGAGAAACCUGCAAAACUAGACCCUUCUUCAGAUGGAGAUGAGAGUCAGAGCUGCACUGGUGUUCAGCGUGAUCCUCAGACAGACUCGGCCAGUGGAGACGCCUCUGGAAACUCCUCCCCUUUGUCUGUAGUGGACAGAGAUAGUGAUUCAUCUGGGGCCAGGUCUAAAGUCAGACUCCUGGAUGAUGACGUGGAUAUGCAGCUGACUCAUCCAAGGAAACGAAAGAUGCCCAGAGUCUCUCCUCCAACCCAAGCCAACCUCUCUGCCCAGCAGAUCAAGGAGAAAACCCAGCAGUCUUUGGCAGCAAUCGUGGACUCGUUAAAGCUUGAAGAAAUUCAGCCCUACCAGACGGAAAGAGCCAACCCAUACUACGAGUUCUUGCACAUCCGCAAGAAGAUUGAGGAGAAAAGGAAGGUGCUUUGUAGUGUCACCCCUCAGGCACCCCAAUACUAUGAUGAAUAUGUCACAUUCAAUGGGUCCUACCUACUUGAUGGGAACCCCCUCAGCAAGCUCUGUAUUCCAACAAUAACUCCACCACCCUCUCUGCCGGAGCCUCUAAAAGAGAUGUUCAAACAGCAGGAGGUUGUUCGCAUGAAACUGCGUCUUCAGCACAGCAUUGAGAGGGAGAAGCUGAUUGUGUCCAAUGAGCAGGAGGUCCUGCGUGUCCAUUAUCGUGCUGCAAGAACGCUAGCCAAUCAAACACUCCCUUUCAGUGCAUGCACAGUCCUAUUGGAUGCAGAAGUAUAUAACAUGCCCCAGGAUGUCCAGGGGGAUGAUGGGAAGACAUCAGUGAGAGAUCGGUUUAAUGCAAGGCAGUUCAUGUCUUGGCUUCAGGAUGUUGAUGACAAGUUUGACAAACUGAAGACGUGUCUCCUGAUGAGGCAGCAGCAUGAGGCUGCAGCCCUUAAUGCCGUGCAGCGUUUGGAGUGGCAGCUCAAGCUUCAGGAGCUGGACCCCGCCACCUACAAAUCUACCAGCAUCUUUGACAUCCCCGAGUUCUACAUCCCCCUGGUGGAGGUCAACGAUGACUUCGACCUCACCCCCAUAUAAAGGUGGCAGUCUGGCGAUGAUGGCGACAGGCGGGUCUGGGAAUGCUCAGUGCUCCCGUCCCGUCCCGUCCCAUGGUCUGGACUCGGAAGGAGAAGAGGAAAACGGAGCACUUGUUUUGGCCAAGCUGCCUUGCACAUAGAGCACACGUAUGCUGGGAAUAGCAUAGAGCCUGGUCUUAUAUCAUAUGACCAAACCACUCCAGAGGUCUUAAAUGGGAGGAUGGAGAGAGAUGUAUAGAUAGGAAAAACAAUCAUCCAUCUCUGUAGAUGAGUCUGCAGUACAUUUUGUUUGUGUUUUUGUUUGUUUUUUUAAGUCGCUGUGGAUUAGAGCGUCUGCCAAAUAUCUAAAUGUACACGUACAUGCUGCAUCGCUUUAUUGGGUGCGAGGCUCGUCUACAGCUUCCCGGUCCUGGGGCUUUUCUCUGCAUCAGAUCUCCUUUCACCGCCCUCACCUGAUGCAGAUGGACUUCCGAGAUACGGAUACUGUCUAAAGCGUAGAUUUAGUUACUGGGUUCAGGUCCAAACGAAAACGCACUUAACCCGAAUGUCUCCACUGGGGAGAUGGACCUGCACAGAGCAUAUGCAGCCAGCAGAGGGCGAUGGCCAACCUUGAUGACCAGAG